AUGUCCGCCAUACCGCCAUCCCACCAGCAAUCAGAGAUCCAGCCGCCCAAUGGCUUACCCUUCAAUGAUCGACAACCACCUGCUAUCCAGUUGUACCCACUUAGCAACUACACAUUCGGCGUGAAGGAGACACAGCCAGAAGAGGACCCGUCAGUCAAAGACCGACUACGGCGGUUAGAAGAGCACUAUGAACAGCAUGGCAUGCGUCGAACGUGCGAAGGGAUACUAGUUUGCCACGAACACAACCACCCUCACGUGUUGAUGCUACAGAUCGCCAAUGCAUUCUUCAAGCUCCCCGGCGACUAUCUCCCCCACGACUCCGACGAAAUCGCCGGCUUCAAAACCAUCCUCACCGCCAAGCUCGCCCCACCCGCGUCCAGCUCCCUCUCCACCCGCGACGACGCCGCCUCCUCCGACUGGAACAUCACCUCUACCCUCGCCCAGUGGUGGCGACCCAACUUCGAAACCUUCAUGUACCCCUACCUCCCCCCGCACACGACGCGACCCAAAGAGCUGAAGAAACUCUACUUCAUUCAGCUACCCAAAAGUAAGGUGUUGUCCGUGCCGAAGAAUAUGAAGUUGCUGGCUGUGCCGCUUUUCGAGCUGUAUGAUAAUAGUCAGAGGUAUGGGCCGCAGUUGAGUGCUAUCCCGCAUUAUUUGAGUAGGUUCAGGUGGGAGUUUGUGGAUGAGGAGGGGGUUGUUACGGCUUGGACGCCGGGUGGAGUUGUGGAUGAGAGGGUGAAGGUGAAGGUCCUGGCUGGUGGAGAGGGGGAGCAGGGUGGCCAGGAGGUCAAGAUGGAGGGGUGA